UUCACAUAAUAAUGAGAGGCUUGGGUGGACCAAUGUUGGCUUAACCGUCGAUCAGCACGGUCGUCGUGAACACACACGGUUUGAACAGUGACUCUGCACAGGCCUGACUUUGCACAUUCCUCUCGCGGGGACGAUGGAGUUCAACAAUAACAAAGGCGAGGAAAAGUUUCCCUUUAGUGUAAAGUUCGUGGAGGAACCGCUCAAUUCGCAACUUUUGGAGCACUUUCAUGGUGAGAAAACUGGCUUCGUGCAAGCUGGCGAUGAGAAAUGGUUCUUUCCCAGCAAGUUUUUAAAUUGUGCCGAAAAUUUCUACAACUUUCAAGCCAGACCCGAUGAUGUUUGGAUUUGCACGUACCCCCGAUCGGGUACAACUUGGACUCAAGAGAUGCUUUGGCUGAUUUGCAACGACCUGGACUUUGAGGCUGCUGGCAAGGAAAAACUGACGAAACGAUUCCCAUUUUUUGAAUUCCACAUCUACAUGCACGAUGAGGUGAAGAAGCAAUUUCUAGCGGAAGCCACGUGUCCCGAGCACCGUGAGAUCAUCGAGGCAGCCUCCAAACCAGCGUACGACUAUCUGAACUCGUUGACCGGCCAGCGAUUCAUCAAGACACAUUUCCCCAUUUCACUGCUGCCACCGAGCAUUUUUCACGUCCAAGCUAAAGUCAUUUACGUUGCUAGAAAUCCGUCCGAUGUGGUUGUGUCUUACUAUCAUCUGAACAAAUUGUACCGCACGCAAGGAUACGUCGGCGAUUUUGAAACGUUCUACAACUACUUUGAAAAGGAUCUGACUCCCUGGUCACCGUACUGGUCCCACCUGCGCGAAGGCUGGCAGGCACGCUCACUUCCGAACGUGCUUUUUAUGUUCUACGAGGACAUGAACAAGGACUUACCGGCCACGAUCCGCAAGGUGGGCGCCUUCCUGGGCAAACCCGACCUCUCCGACGAGCAGGUGGCCACGCUGGUCGAUCACUUGAGCAUUCGAAACUUCAAAAAUAACACCUCCGUAAACGGAGAAGAACUGAAGGCGGCCGGAAUUUUAAACUCCAAGGCGCAGGACUUUAUCCGCAAGGGCCAGGUCAACGGAUCCGGGAGCGAACUGACGGACGAGAUUAAGGAACGGAUUCGGGUUUGGUCGGAGCGACAUUUGGCCAAGACGGAUAUGAGAUUUCCGGAGGUUUGAAGGUGGUUGAUCGUUGUGGUACUCUUAGUAAAAUGUUGUUGAUUGUUUUUGUUAAUAAAUAAAUGUGUUUGAACGA